AUAAAUAAAAGGGGAUUGAACAUUUGAAAAGUACCACAAAAAUUUUGUGCAAGUUUGUUAGCAAUUGUGUUGAAACCAUGACGAGAAGAAAGGUGAAACUUGCAUUUAUCUCUGAUGAUACAGCAAGAAAGGCGAGCUAUAAUAAAAGAAAGAAAGGUCUCAUUAAGAAGGUAAGAGAACUCACAACUCUUUGUGGUAUUCCAGCUUGUGCUAUAAUUUCAAGUCCCUUUGAUUCUCAACCAGAGGUGUGGCCAAAUCCAGAAGGAGCCAUGAGUGUGAUUGAUAGGUAUAAGAAUUCAACUGUGAAAGAUGAAAACAGGAAUGUGAACCAAGAGAGAUUCCUCACGCAGAGGAUUAAUAAAGCUAGAAAUCAGGUAAGAAAGUUGAAAUACGAUAACCGCGAACAAGAGCUGAAUCUUCUCAUGUUUGGUUACUUGCAAAACAACAAUAUUUCAGAUGAUUUAACUUCUGAAGAGUUGAAAGAUUUUGAUAAGCUGGUUGAGAAGAAGCUGAAGGAGGUUGAUAGCAAGAUUAAGAAACUUGAUGCAUGAUAAUGUGGUUUUGAAUUAUGUUUUAUGAUUUUUAAUGUUGUUUAAGUUGUAAUUCUGAUUGUUGCUCUGAGAGCAUUUUGUGAUGUUUCUGUCAUUUGAUCAUAAAAUUUUAUUUUUUGGAUUCAAAUAAAAUUUGUUGUAAUUCUUCUAU